AUGCCGUCGAUCCACGACCGAAUUCGCGAAGAUCUCCUCAAUAAGGAGCUCGCGCUCUGGACCGCCCUCACGUCCGCAGAUCCGGCACCGGCAAUUCAAAAGCUAUGCAACCCAGAAGCCAACCUCAUGUUCCCCCAGACAGAGAUCCUUACCUUAGAAGACGAGGCUGGGUUCAAGAACGCCCUGAAGCCUCCGUUUCAUCGCUUUGAUGGAUACCAACUGGACGAGGUCCGAACAAUUAUUCUAGAUCUGAUGGCAGGCGUGGUCACAUACAAAGUUCGGGCAGUCAGAGGGCAGAAGGAAUACCGAGCAAGUGGCUCAACCACCUGGAGCCAGGGAUCGGAUGGAGAAUGGACACUGGCCUGUCAUCAAGAGACGCUGUUGUAA